AUGAAGCUAUCAGUAUUGGUGGCCAUUGCCUUUAGUAUAUGCUCUGGGAGUGCUUCUUCGUUGGGGGAAAACACUUCCUUCAUUAAGUUUGAUACUUCUCGACUUGAACUGUCAUCAUUUUUGGAACAAUUUGAUUACAAUUCACUCGAAGAGUCGGGAUGGAAAGUAUCCCAAGCAAAGAAGGGGGACGAGUCGUAUGUGGGACAAUGGAGUCUUGAACUGUCAUCAGUGUAUCCAGGCUUCCAUGAUGAUAUGGGUUUGGUUAUGAAAACACCAGCAGCUCAUCAUGCAAUUUCAUAUCGAUUGGCGGAACCAUUUAACAACACUGGGCGAGACUUAGUUUUACAAUAUGAAAUUAAACCUGAAAAGGGGAUGAACUGUGGGGGUACAUAUAUCAAAUUAUUGGAUUAUCCUGUUGCUGAUGAAUCUCAAUUCAACAAUGAAACUCCGUAUCAAAUUAUGUUUGGACCAGAUAAAUGUGGAGCUAGCAACAAGGUUCAUUUUAUUGUGAAACGUGAGAACCCUAAUACCCAUGUUCUGGAGGAGAAACACAUGACUUUCCCACCGUUGUCACGCACGGGGAAACUCACCACGUUGUAUACUCUCAUCUUGAAGAAUACUCAAGAUUACGAGAUUAGAAUUAAUGGGAAAGUAGCCAAGGCAGGGAAUUUGGUUUCAGACUUGGGGGCAUUGAGUCCUCCACUCAAUCCUUCGAAAGAUAUAAUCGAUGUAACUGACUUCCAACCACUGGACUGGGAUGAUAAUGAAUUCAUCCCAGAUCCAGAAGUGACUCUGCCUCCGGAAGGAUAUAGAGAAAAGUAUGCUUCUACCGACAUUGACGAUCCGAAUGCUGUGAAACCUGAUGAUUGGGAUGAAUCUGAACCUGAAUACAUCCCAAACCCUGCAGCAACUAUUCCUGAAGAAUGGGAUGUUGAAGAAGACGGUGAAUGGGAAGCACCACUAAUUCGUAACCCUGUUUGUGUCAGUCAAGGAUGUGGACCAUGGAUUCGCCCCCGUAUUCCCAAUCCCGACUACCUUGGUCCCUGGAUACGUCCAAUGAUUCCUAAUCCAAAUUAUAUGGGAGAAUGGCAGCCAAGAUCUAUACCCAAUGUUCAUUAUUUCGAGGACUCAAGACCUUCGGAUUUGAAACUCAUUGGUGGUCUUGGGUUUGAAUUAUGGUCCAUGGAUAAUAAUGUAUUCUUUGACAAUAUCUAUUUGGGCCACAGUAUUGAGGAAGCUGAAAUAAUCGGGAAUGAAACAUUUGUUCCUAAGUCAGCACUUGAAAAUGCAUCAUUGGAGAAAAACAGACCUCGCGCUAAAAAUGAACCAGUUCCACCACCUCGUUCCUUUGAGGAUUUAUACAAUGAUGAUUCCGUCUCGACCUGGACCCAAUUUGUUGCCUUUAUUAAGGCAUGCGUAUUGAAGACUAUUUUGGAGGCGGUAGAUUUCUAUGCUGAAUUUAUGUCUAACCCAGUUCCAACCCUUAUGCACCAUCCAUUCAAGUUUGUGGGAUACUGUAUUGCCUUCCUCUUUACAUUCACAAUUGUAUUCGGCACUUUGUCAACUGUUAUGUUUAUCAUCAAUGGUCCACCCACCUUCGAUGAGGUUCCACAAACAAAGGAUGAAACAAAUGGAGACAUUAGAAGUGAUGAAAAGGAAGAAAAAGAAAUAAUUGUAAAUAGAAUUGGCAACACGGGAUCUUCUAGAUUCAAAGAAUCGACUAGAAGAAGAACUUGA